AUGGCGGUGCCGUUUGUACGGUCGAUUGGCACUCACACCUCUCGGCCCGCUGCAACAAGUGGUGACCCCGACGUGAUUUAUGGACACAGGCAAACGGCUAGCAGAGAAGAUGGCGGAACACACCGAAACAGAAAUCAACACAUCAGCCGCCCUGAUACAACUACCGCCAUACAACUCGAUCAACACCAGGAGUUGGUUUAUUCAACGAGGCGAUAUUUUCAGCCCGAAAAGUCACGACAGGACACUAAGUACGCCUCCGUGGUACAAGCCUUGCCAGCAUCAAUCGUUGAAGAAGUGGAAGACAUCCUUCUCAAUACUCCGGACCAACUCCAUACACCUGCCUCAAAAGCCAUCCUCAAACGAACUGGACGUUCGGACGAAGACCUCAUCAGAGACUUAUUCUCUAAUGUGUCUCUCGGCGAUAGGACACCAUCCCAGCUCCCCCGCCUGAUGAAGAGCCGCCUCGGGAACAACACCAUGGCAGAACCCAUCCUCCGAGGGCUAUGGAUGGAUCGGUUACCACCGAAUAUAACACAAGUUCUAGCCCUGGUACCAGUAGAGACGCCCCUUGACGUUGUGGCCGACUCAGCCGACAAAAUAUACUCCCAGGCUCACCAAAAAGUUCACCAGGUUGAGAGCCACGGAAACCACACACAACGCCUCGAAGAGGAGAUGACCCAGCUACGCGCAGAGUUGAGAGACCUGAAACUCUCCCUAUGCCGGAGGCAGCGAAGCCCAGCACCACGCACGCGAAAUCGAAGCCGUACCCGCAGCUCAAGUCCAGGACGGAGAAACAUUGACACUGGCGCAGCCAUCAGCGUAAUACCACCCACCAACAGAUCCGCCUUGAAACCCACCCCAUUCCAACUUCGAGCGGCAAACGGCUCCACCAUAGAAACCUACGGGGACAAGGAACUUACCUUGAACAUCAACCUCAGGCGCGACUUCAAGUGGUCAUUCACCGUAGCUGACGUCAGAAUACCCUUGCUCGGUGCCGACUUCUUGGCACAUUACAACCUGGCUGUCCAUAUGAAGACGAGGACCCUGUCCGACAACACGACAUCCAUCAAGAUCACAGGGAUCCCUUCGAGUUUCAACACAACUAGGAUCAGCGUGGCAACACAGCACGACCCACGCUACGUAGAAAUUCUGCGCCGGUACAAGCACCUCACGCAACCCAUCAAACUAACUGAUGCAGGCGACCAUCAGACCCAACACCAUAUAGGGACCACCGGACAACCAGCAUAUUCACGGCCACGACGACUCCCUCCACACAAAUUAGCAUAUGCCAAGAAAGCGUUUGAGGAGAUGCUGGCCGACAAUAUCAUCCGACCCUCAGACAGCCCAUAUGCGCAAUCAUCACCAACUAUCCACGUUCCACAACAGCUUCAGGACUGCGAGUUCAUUUUUGUCCGAAAUGACGCGGUAAAGAAACCACUAACACCAACAUACCAGGGUCCAUUCAAAGUUUUAAAACGCUCUGAGAAGCACCUCACCAUCGAUCGAGGAAGCCGGACGGCCACCAUCUCUAUUGACAGAGUCAAACCAGCUUUUCUGGAAAAAUCUCCAAGGGAGACAGAACCCGUCUCAACACACCCAGAACCCUCACCUGCCUCAACAACCACGCAAUCGCAACCGUCACAACCGAGUUUCCAGCACUCCUGCAGUCUCCAGCUCACCCAACAGCUUCCAGCGGCCUCCAGCUCACCCCUGCGGCGCUCUACUGAUGUCCCGCUACCUAUUCCAGCACCCGCUGACGAUCUAAUCCAGUGCCCACUGACGUCCAGCGCCCGUUAA